AUCAACAACAAUUAACUUGCAUUCGAAAUGGGCUGGGCUUAGAACACCCUGUAUACCGGAAUCGAUGUUUUCUCUCAGUUGAUUCACUUGAUUUCCAAUUGGAGUCUGAGUGUUGGUGUUUCUCUUGGUUUGGCUUUUAUUUUCCUCUUUUCUUCAACCGGUUAACAAAAUAAUCUUUGUCAAUUUAAUAUCCGUGAAAGAUAAUCAACUAAUCAACUUUAAUCUAAUCAGCAAACGAGUAAUUAACAAAAGAAUAAUUAAUUUGAAUCAAUAUUCUUCCAUCAGUGACAACAAAUUUUCAUCUUUAACCAGGAAAAAGAUACCAGACAAUUUGUGUUUACAUUUUCUCUUCUCUUUAUAUUGUUUCUUUUUUCUUCUCUUUUCAAUUUCUUCUAUUCUCUUUUUCACCAACACAAUGAUUAGUUAACUACCCUUAAUUACUGUUAAAUCAUUUUAAAUCAUUUUAAUUCUAUUCCCAAUAUUGGUUGACUUUGUUUUCUUUUUCCAUUUUCUGGUUAACCGUUUCUUUCUAUAUUCCCACUUGUACCUCUUUCUCUUUCUCUUUCUCUUUCUUUGUCUCUCUCUCUCUCUCUCUUACUCUUUCCAUUAACCGUUAAUCAUCAAUAGCCAAAUAUGAGGAUCUCUUUGGCUCUAUUUAAAGAUAUUGUCAAAGGUCUUGAUUAUUAUUCUAAAUUCAAUCCAUCACCUCUAUCGAUUAAACAGCUUCUUGAUUUUGGCCUCUACUUUUUACCAACUUGUCAAGUGUUUGUUUUCGUUAAAUUGGUGACAAAAUUGAUCCACAAUCAGUUAGGAAAUUGGAAACACACUUUACAUGUAACUCCAAUGGAGACUCUCAAUGUCGUUGUUAAUUAUUCCUUGUUAUUAAUUGAUCGCCUUGAAUUAACUGUUAGUGCUCACUGAUUGUUGCUAAAUCCUUCCGUCUGCUAUUACCAGAAAUUACAAUUAACUGUAAACAGUUAAUUUGUUUUGCUUCCUAUUCUUUAACCAAUAACAGUUACAAUAUAAACAUUGUCAAGGUUGGAUAAAGAAAUAUCAACAAUAACCAUAGUUGUUAUUAAUUUGAUUGUGAAACCUAAUUAUCGUUAUUAUGAUUUCAAUUAAUUAGUAAAUAGAUCUAUUUGCUUCUAUAAUCAAUUGAUUGUUUACCUGAAAUGGACCAUUUAAAUGGAAAGAUAAUCAAUCGUAAUGUUGUUGUUUUUGUUAUUUUGUUCAGAAAACAACAUUUGGAUCAUUUUGUUUCCCUGAACUUUAAUCAAAGUUCAAGCAACAACAAUCAUGAUAUGAAUCUUUCCAGAUGACAAUCUAAUUGCUGUUACAAUUAAUAUCUAGGGUCUGAAGUUCACAAUAAUUAAUAACCCACCAAUCCCACAAUUAAUUAUUUGCCAACAGUAAACAACCAGACUUGGCUCGAGAAGUGUAUUGAUAAAAACAAUCAAUUUCCUUGAAAAAACCUCGAAUAACCUUUUGUAUGAUUAACAGAAUUAUAAUAAUUGAAGUUUAAUAUCUAAAAUUUACCAUGAAUGAUGAUCGGGUAAUCAUUGGGAUUCACCCUAAUUGUAAUUUUAUCUCCUAUUGAUACAAACAUCAUCAACAUUGAUCAACAUCAAGGACAAUCAAUAAAUUACUUCUUGUUAGGGAAGCUCAAUUUGUAAUCUAUAAAUUUUGUUUCUUCACGAGAAAGGAAGUCGAUUUGUUUUAAUUGUGAUUAGGUAAAGUAACAAUCAACCAAUUGAUUGAUCAUUUUCUUAAUAUUAUCAACAACAUUGUUAGAACACAAUUAUCAAAGUGUCAAGUAAAUUGUUGCAACUCAAAUAAUUCAUAUCAUGAGAGAUUCAUGUUACUAAUCAUCGUCAUCAUCUCUCUUCAUACGUUAACCUCUCUGUCUAAUUUACUCUCUCUGGUACUUUCCUUCAUCUACGUCACUUUGUUUUUCUCAUCAUCCUCAUCAUCAUCUGAUAGAGUUAAUUAAUCCAUUUUCUCAUAUUCACUCUUGUCUAUUUCAAGAAUAUAAUUAAAAUUAGCUUAUUGAGAUUCAACUUAAACGUGAUCAAAUUUUGAGUACAUCGAGUUAACCUCAUCACCAUUGGUUAUUAAUUGAUUGGUAAUUAUCGUCAUCUUUUUGAUAAUCAAUAACAAAUGUACCGUUAAUUUGAUUCAUAUUUUAAUUUAUUCUUCAAGAUAAUUAACUCUCAUGAUAAUUGGUGUAAAUCUUUUCCACUUUGAGUGUUUUCAAUAAAGUUAAUUGUUCAAUUAUCGAUCCUGUUUAGGUUGAUCAGCAAUUUACUGAUUGUUUAACUUGAAUAACUUUGUUUUCAAUUUUAAUUAUGUAAUCACUUGUGACUUGUGGCUAAUUGUAGGUCGACGAAAAUGUGAGAAACGUUCAUUCGUCUUCCUCCGGAAGGAAUUGCCCGUUCGAUUGGCUAAUAUUAUGCAAGAAAUUAACUUGUUACCUGAUAAUUUACUUCGAAUGCCUUCGGUCACUUUGGUUCGAAGUUGGUACGAGCGGAGUUUCAGUGAAAUUCUAGACUUUGAAUCAACCUCUGAGAGCGAUAUUAAAGUAUUAGAAAAUUUCUGUGAGACUUUAAUUCGAAUUCGAAAUCGUCACAAUACGGUUGUCCAAACAAUGGCCCAAGGGGUUUUGGAGAUGAAAGAAACACAUUCGGUUGACCAAAGUACCGAAAGUUGUAUCCAAUAUUUUCUCCAUCGAUUCUAUAUGUGUCGAAUUUCAAUUCGAAUGUUAAUCAAUCAACACACAACUCUGUUCGGUGCCGAUAAACCAGGUCACCCUCGACACAUCGGUUGUGUCGACCCAAACUGUGAUGUCCACUCGGUGGUUCUUGAUGCCUACGAAAAUGCCAAGUUUCUUUGUGAUCAAUAUUAUCUAAAUUCACCGGGUCUCAUUGUUGAACAAGUGAACACCGCUGGACCCGAUUCGCCGAUAUCCAUUGUAUAUGUACCUUCACAUCUUUACACAAUAUUAUUCGAACUAUUUAAAAACGCCAUGAGAGCGGUGGUGGAAAAUACUCCGGACGCUGAUUCGCUUCCACCGAUUCAUGUGAUGCUUUGUAAAGGAAAAGAAGAUUUAUCCAUAAAAAUGAGUGAUCGUGGCGGUGGUAUACCAAGAUCGUUGAGCGAUUGUCUAUUUAAUUACAUGUACUCAACUGCCCCUCGUCCAUCGGUCUCUGGGUUUGGCUCUGCUCCUUUAGCGGGAUUCGGUUAUGGACUUCCGCUUUCUCGACUCUAUGCCCGUUAUCUUCAUGGUGAUCUGCUGGUCAAUUCAUUUGAAGGCUAUGGUACCGACGCAAUAACUUACCUCAAGGUUUUGUCCAGUGAGGCCAAUGAAUUAUUACCGAUAUUUAAUAAAACCUCAACCAAACAUUAUCGAGCUGCAAUUGGUAAUCAUGACUGGAGCUCUGGAUUUUCAUCAAACUCCUCCAAUAAUCACAAUCAUCAUAAUCAUCAUCAUCAAAAUAAUAAUAACAAUAACAAUAAGAACAAAAAAAGUGAUGAUAACAAUUCAUCAACAACCAACAGUAAUAAUCAAGUUAAUGCUGCAACCAAUAGUUCAAUUGGUUAACGAAAAGUUAAAACAAAUAAUUUAGAAAAGUGUUAAUUGUUAAUCAUAAUGGUAAAGAAGAAAACUUUCUACCAUAACCAAUUUGUUGAUUAAUGUUUUUUUUUCAAUGUAAUUUGCAACCAAUUUUGUUUAUGACUUGAUAAUUGUAGACAUUGGUUUUAAUGUUAUUGUUAUUUACCAACUUUUUUAAAAGCAAAAAAAAAUCUCUCAUGUUAAUUAUAGUUGUAAUCGAAAUUGAAACAAUACGAUAAUUAAACUGUUUUCACUUAAA